GUCAUUUUUUGCAACUUCCGCCAUAUUUUGUUGAAAGAACCAAUGUGACACAGAAUUAUUUUAAAAACAAUUCGAAAACACCAACCAACUAGAAGUGAGGGGCCAAGAAUUAGAACAACAACAAGCGGAAGAAAAUCGUCAACAAUCACAACAGCAAACAGAAUCAGAAGACAGUGAAGAAUGUGACACUACUCCUUUUCAGUCGGCUCGGAAUACUAUUAUACUUGUUGAAAACAACGAGGAACCAAUUUAUGAAACUUGUCACAAUGAGCAAGAAAACCCUUAUGAAGCUAUCCCAGCAUUAGCUCAUUUAGCAACAGUUACAGCAUCAACAAGUCCUGCUGCUAAAAGUCAAAAGCCAGAGUUAAAACCAAAGCCUAAACAUUUACUGAAAAUGGUAGAGCCAAGCUCACAGAACCCUAAAAGGGUCAAGGCACUACAUAACUUUUCGGGAUCAAAUAAUGAUGAGCUAUGUUUCUCCAAAGGGGACAUCAUAACAGUAACACAGAUGGUUGAAGGUGGUUGGUGGGAAGGUACACUGAAUGGUAAAACUGGCUGGUUUCCUAACAACUAUACCAAAGAAAUUAAAUCAGAUAUUGCCAACAGAUCAUCCAUAACUAAAGGACCAGACAUGGGAGUAUAUAAGAGAGAAAGUACACAGUUAUAUCACAAUGUUGUUUUUCAAAAUUUGAUAGAAACAGAGAAAACCCAUGUACAGGAAAUGACAAUGGUACUACAGAACUACAUACAUCCUUUACAGAAUUCUGGCAUAUUGACUCCUGUGGAGUACACUAAACUAGUAGGAAAUUUAGAUGACAUAUUAGCAUUCCAAAACAAUUUUCUAUCUUCAAUAGAAGACUGUAUGAAACAAUUACCUCAUUUAAGAAGAAUUGGUGGUGUUUUUAUGAAACAUGCUCCAAGAUUAAAAGAAUUAUAUUUAGAAUAUUGUUCCAAUCAUCCUAGAGCUGUAGCUAUUGUACAGAGUAAAAGGGAUGAAUUAAACAAAUAUAUGGAACAGGAUGGUGCUCCUCCUGGUGCUAUGAUCUUAACCACAAAUUUAUAUAAACCUUUCACACGACUAGAUAAAUAUCCCAGCCUUCUCAAAGAAUUAGAGAGACACAUAGAGGAAAGUCAUGUGGAUAGAGGUGAUACACAGAGAGCUAUAGCUAUAUAUAGAGAUGUAUCAAAUGCUUGUAUGGAAAUAAGAAAAGUGAAAGAAAUGGAAUAUGAAAUAUUAACAAGUGCAAUAAAAGGUUGGGAAGGGGAGGAGAUGUCAAAGUUCGGUGAAGUACUACAUUUAUCACAGGUUCAUGUAUUCACAUCUUCUGGAGAAAAGUAUGACAGAAUUUUUGUUUUAUUUCCUAACAUGCUGGUCAUGUUAUCAAUGAGUCCUAGAUUAAGUGGUUAUACUUAUGAGGGACAAAUUCCACUAAGUGGUCUAAAUGUAAGCACAUGUGAUGAUGAGGAAAAUUUUCCAAAUAGUUUUGAAAUUUCAGGGAACAUGAUAGAGAAAAUUACAGUAACAUGUGGAACUAAUUCUGAAGUAAAAGCAUGGUUAGACCAUUUAAAACAGCAGGCUAACUAUACCUCAGGGACAACCAAACCACAAAGUCUUCAAGUAUGUCUAAACACCUUACAGGAACAGAUGAAGCUCUUAAAAAAUGGGGGAUCAAUGGAAACCAGUAGUGGUCAAAAUAAACCUGAAAAUCAAAAAAUCUCAACUUCACAACCUAGUAUUAGUUUGUUAACGAAGGCAAAAACUGCCAUGGUAACACAUUCCACAUGGUCAAUGUCAUGUCUACGACCUUCACCACCUCUCAGACAGAUUCCAUAUAAUAAAGAAGAUGGCAUCAGAAGUCCAAGAAUGGGCAGAAAACCAGUGAGACGAAAACCAGUGAGAACACAUUCUCAGGAUGAGUAUGACUUUAAAUCCAGAUGGCGACAGUAUGAUCCUAGAACAAUGGAAGAAGAUUCCUUAAUUUUACGUGUGAUAGAAGCUUACUGUACCAGUGCAAAGACAAGGAAUACAGUUAAUUCAUCUGUAACUAAAGAAAGGUUCACUCUUGUGAGGCCAUUGCCUAAACCAAAUCUAACUCCUAUCAAAGAGACAGGUACACAAGACACUGGGAUGCAAGUGCCUUUGAAGGAAGUUAUCAACAUAGUUAAGCCUAUGCCAACAGAUAGAUAUAUUCGACGAGAUGUUGGUACUCAAGCUAUACUGAUGAAUCCUCAUGUGUUGAUAGCUGAAGAAGAAAAGAUAAUAGUGGAUGAUGGAGGUGACCCAACCAUGCUACAAGAAAAGUCACUUGUGGAUACAGUUUACUCAUUAAAAGAUCAGGUCAAAGCUUUAGAACAAGAACAUAAGAGAAUGAAGAGAGAUCUAGAAGAAGAGACAAAAGCUAGAAAAAGACUAGAGACUAACAUGAAAAAGUUCAUUAAAACAAGAACAGAUAUGAUGGAUGAAAAUCUAAUGUGAUCUCACUUGAAUAAUAAAUUUCAUUUGUCUCAGUAUGUUAAAAUUUAAAAGGGGCCAGGAUUUUUAUUUAUAUUUUAUAAAAUUUUCAGAAUAAAGAAAUCAAUUGAUAUUUUAUAAAUACUUAACCAUAUGAAAGAAAAUAAUUUUUGUAAACUUGUCUAUAGAAAUAGUUGCCACAACUGAAAAUGUUCAGCGAAGAAAAAAAGUAUUAAAACUGCUUACGAAUAUAAAUGAUAUCUAUAGCAAAAGUUGUCUGCAAAAAUAAUUUCCAGUGUUACAGAAAAAAGAGCUUACAUUCAAGAACUGGCCUUGAAAAUGCUUAUACAGAUAAUAGAAUGAUCUGUCAUGUUACCUGGAAUCUCAUCUAGAAAGAAGCUAUACUUAUUCUUAAUCCAUUAUUUAGAUCGCUUGAAGUUCAGGUAUAAUUAUCUUGACCAGGAGGAAAAUUUAUUAGGGAGACCAAGAAAUACAAUUUUUGUUAUAAAACCUUAUUACUAAUAUGAAAAAGUCUUUGUCCAACCUAAUAGUUUAUGUUAUUUGUUAAGUUUGUUUUUCUGUGCUAUUUGUAUAUAUAUGAUCUUGUCCUGCAUAAUAUUUUGUUAUAUUGUUUAUCAUAUAGAUAAGGUUGGAAUAUAGUGAUACAGCUAAAUCAAAACAGCUAUCUAGUCCUCUAUACACAAUACUGGCUUGCUUAGGCAGAUACAUAUUUGCUUUAGACAAACAUGCUUUGAGAGAGCUGUCUUCGUUUACAAUUAUGGUCUCUGGUGGAUAGUUGUCUCAUUGGCAAUCACAACACAUCUCUUUAUUUUAUAUCAGUGAAUUUGCUAUCACAAAAUAUAAAAAGAGUUACCUAUAAUUCAUAGGUAUUUUAAACAUUGAAUAACAAGCUUUAUUUCAUUGAAAACCCCCUUUUUUAAACAGACCAACAAAAAAAAGUCUUAGCCUCUCAGAGUAAACAGCUAAAUAAAAAACUUGUACAUUAGCCAUGUUUAUUGUGCAAAAAAUCUGUAAAAAUAAUUGUUUGCUUUAGUAGAUUCUAACAGUUUAAGAAGUUUUAUUGCUAAACAUUUAAAUUGCUCUCAGGUCAGAUUCAGUCUUUUGAUAAAGCAUUGAUGCAUUAUUUUAAAAAUAAUUAAACGAAAGGCUGACCUACCAAAAUUAGUAUUUCAAAGAUUUUCCUGAGAAUGUAAUUAUUUAUCUUAUAUAUGACUGGUAAUAUAUGAUAUCUUUGCCAAGAUUUAUAACAUUGUGAUACUUGGAUUUAUAUUAUAAAAAUAAAAACUAAUCACUUGUU